CGCCCCCCCUCCCGCCGGCCCGGCCCGCGCGGCGCCCCCGGAGCCGGGGCUGCGAAGCAGCGGGAAGGAGGCGGCGGCUGCCCCGAUUUGUUUGUAAAUGCAUCAUAAACAGACAGCCCAGAAUGAAGAAAGCAAGCAGGAGUGUUGGCUCAGUGCCCAAAGUGCCUGGAGUAAAUAAAGCUCAAACAAGUGAAAAAGCCAAGCCAGAAAACGGCUCCUCAGUGUCUGCAGUAACAAAACUCUCCAAAACCGGGACAUCAGCAUCUCUUUUGAAGACUAAGAGUAAUGAUGACCUCUUAGCAGGGAUGGCUGGUGGCAGCAGCGUGACAAUGACCAAUGGUGUCAAGGCCAAGAAGAACUCUUGUGUAUCAACAGCAUCUUCAGCUCCAGGGACAGCCAUGAACAGUCUGGAAAACAAACCCAAAACCAUUGCAGGUACAAGUUCCACAGCUAAGCGUAGCACUUCAUCUGGAAAUAAGGAGUCAAGCUCUUCUAGAGAGAGGAUCCGGGAUCGUUCUCGCUUGAGCCAGAGCAAGAAGCUGCCCCUGGCAGGGCAGGGGCCCAGUGACACGGUGCUGGCAAAGCGCUCCCGCAGCCGCACCAACCCCGAAUCCGAUAUCCGCAUGAGCAAGUCCAAGUCAGACAACCAGAUCAGUGACAGAGCUGCACUGGAAGCAAAGGUGAAUGAUCUUCUGACGUUAGCAAAAACUAAAGAUGUGGAGAUCUUGCAUCUGAGAAAUGAAUUAAGGGACAUGCGUGCUCAGCUGGGACUCAACGAAGAUAAUCUUGAGGGGGAUGAAAAAUCUGAAGAGAAAGAAGCCAUUGUUGUCCAUCAGCCAACUGAUGUAGAGUCCACACUGCUCCAGUUACAGGAACAAAACACUGCCAUCAGAGAAGAGCUCAACCAGCUGAAGAAUGAGAAUCGAAUGUUAAAAGACAGACUAAAUGCUUUAGGCUUUUCUUUGGAACAAAGGCUGGACAACUCUGAAAAGCUCUUUGGCUAUCAGUCUUUGAGUCCAGAGAUUACAGCUGGCAACCACAGCGAUGGUGGAGGCACUCUGACAUCUUCAGUGGAAGGUUCUGCUCCUGGAUCCAUGGAAGACUUGUUAAGUCAGGAUGAAAACACUCUCAUGGACAACCAACACAGUAAUUCCAUGGAUAAUUUAGACAGUGAGUGCAGUGAAGUUUAUCAGCCGCUGACAUCAAGCGAUGAUGCCUUAGAUGCUCCGUCAUCUUCAGAAUCUGAAGGAGUACCAAGUAUAGAAAGGUCUAGGAAGGGAAGCAGUGGCAAUGCAAGUGAAGUGUCCGUGGCUUGUCUGACAGAACGGAUACAUCAGAUGGAAGAGAAUCAACACAGUACAGCUGAAGAGCUCCAAGCCACGCUUCAAGAGCUUGCAGAUCUGCAACAAAUAACACAAGAGCUGAACAGCGAGAAUGAAAGACUUGGAGAGGAGAAAGUAAUCCUGAUGGAGUCUUUGUGCCAGCAAAGUGACAAGCUGGAACACUUCAGCCGUCAGAUCGAGUAUUUCCGAUCCCUUUUGGAUGAGCACCAUAUUUCCUAUGUAAUUGAUGAAGACAUGAAGAGUGGGCGCUACAUGGAGCUGGAGCAGCGCUACAUGGAGCUGGCGGAGAACGCUCGCUUCGAGCGGGAGCAGCUGCUCGGGGUUCAGCAGCACUUGAGCAACACUUUGAAGAUGGCAGAACAGGACAACAAAGAGGCCCAAGAAAUGAUAGGGGCAUUAAAAGAAAGGAAUCACCACAUGGAACGGAUCAUUGAGUCAGAGCAGAAAAGCAAAACAGCUCUGGCAUCUACCUUAGAGGAGUACAAAGCCACAGUAGCCAGUGACCAGAUAGAGAUGAACAGGCUGAAAGCUCAGCUAGAGCAUGAAAAGCAGAGAGUGGCCGAGUUGUAUUCUAUACACAACUCUGGAGAUAAAUCAGAUAUACAAGACCUGCUGGAGAGUGUCAGGAUGGAUAAGGAGAAAGCAGAGACCUUGGCCAGUGGUCUGCAGGAGGAGCUGGCACACACCCGCAAUGAUGCCAAUCGAUUGCAAGAUGCCCUUGCUAAGGUUGAAGAUGAAUAUCGAGUGUUCCAAGGAGAAGCCAAGAAACAAAUUGAGGAUCUCAAUGUGACUCUAGAAAAGCUUCGGACGGAACUAGAUGAAAAGGAGACUGAGAGGAGUGACAUGAAAGAAACCAUCUUUGAGUUGGAGGAUGAAGUAGAGCAGCACCGUGCUGUGAAGCUUCAUGACAAUCUUAUCAUAUCUGAUUUGGAGAAUACAGUUAAAAAACUUCAGGAUCAGAAGCAUGACAUGGAAAGAGAGAUCAAGAAUCUGCACAGGAGACUCCGGGAGGAGUCAGCAGAAUGGCGUCAGUUCCAGGCAGACCUGCAGACUGCAGUGGUCAUAGCCAACGAUAUCAAAUCCGAGGCCCAGGAAGAGAUCGGCGACCUGAAGCGCAGAUUGCACGAGGCACAGGAGAAAAACGAGAAGCUCACUAAGGAGCUGGAGGAGAUAAAGUCACGCAAGCAGGAAGAAGAACGUGGUCGAGUGUACAAUUACAUGAAUGCAGUAGAGAGAGAUUUGGCAGCUCUGAGACAAGGAAUGGGUCUGAGUCGCAGAUCCUCCACCUCCUCAGAGCCAACUCCCACUGUGAAAACGCUCAUCAAGUCCUUCGACAGUGCCUCCUCCCAAGUUCCAAGCCCUGCUGCUGCCACAAUUCCUCGCACUCCCCUGAGCCCAAGUCCCAUGAAAACUCCCCCAGCUGCUGCUGUAUCCCCUAUGCAGAGGCAUUCCAUAAGUGGGCCAAUCUCAGCUUCAAAACCCCUUGCUACAUUGACAGACAAAAGACCAAGCUAUGCAGAAAUUCCUGUUCAAGAGCAUUUGCUGAGAACAUCCUCCACCAGCCGCCCGGCCUCUCUGCCCAGGGUCCCCGCCAUGGAAAGUGCCAAAUCCAUUUCAGUGUCUCGAAGAAGUAGUGAAGAAAUCAAGCGGGACAUCAGUGCACCGGAUGGAGCAUCCCCAGCAUCUCUCAUGGCAAUGGGAACCACCUCACCACAGCUGUCCCUCUCAUCUUCUCCUACAGCAUCAGUCACCCCUACAACCAGGAGCAGAAUAAGGGAAGAGAGGAAAGAUCCCUUGUCUGCCCUGGCAAGAGAAUAUGGAGGCUCCAAGAGGAACGCCCUGCUGAAGUGGUGCCAGAAGAAAACAGAGGGCUACCAGAAUAUUGACAUCACAAACUUCAGCAGCAGCUGGAACGAUGGCCUGGCUUUCUGUGCAGUUCUCCACACUUAUCUCCCAGCCCAUAUUCCCUAUCAAGAACUGAACAGCCAGGACAAGAGAAGAAAUUUCACUUUGGCUUUUCAGGCAGCUGAAAGUGUUGGCAUCAAAUCCACUCUGGACAUCAAUGAAAUGGUGCGAACUGAGCGUCCAGACUGGCAGAAUGUCAUGCUGUAUGUUACAGCAAUUUACAAAUACUUUGAAACCUGAACCCUAAUCAUUCAACAGAUCCAUGGAAUACAACAUGAGCUACCAGAUGGAAAUCUUACUGAAAUGCUAAUCCCCAUUUCACUGAAAACUGGCAACAUUUGAGUCCCCUCAAACUUCAGUGACACUGUCAUGAAUUGCCUCAGAUUGCUUCAGCUACUAAGCAUGGAAACAACUGUUUAAAAGUAAGAACUUGUUGCCACAGUGCUUGGAACAACCCAAGUUAUUAAGCUAUUCCGAUUAAUUAUGUAGCCUAAAGAGCCUGAACUACUUCUGUGCUGCCUUUCCAGUCAGACUUCCUGAAACUUUCUUUGCUGGGAGAGUGAGAUGAAUGCUUCCUCUGGCAUAUAGGAGACUGAAUGUACAGAUAAAGCUUUGAGAAGGAAAAGGAUAACAUGGCAUCAUAUUACUGAACUUUCUGUAGCAUCCUGAUUUCACAGACUCUGAAUAUUCUACCCACAGCAUAUGGCAGCCCCAUACAGUAGAGUUCUUAAUGGUAACUUAGUUAACUGCCUAUACAGCUAUUUUCCAUCCUUUAAAAUGUGCACAAUAUUCUAGGAAAACAAGCUUUGAUUCCAUAAUGACAAAUUGAGGAGAAAAGUGCUCUUGAUACCUCGAAUAAUCUGGCACAGAAGAAGUCUUCAUUCUAAAGCUUCAUUAUAAGCCUACCUCUGUCACAGUGAUGUGGCUUUUCAUCUUUAUCUUAUGGAUUGUAAAGACUAGCACAUGCAGCUCCUGGCUUUCAGGGUACACUACACUUCAAGGAAUCUGUGCAAAGUCCUUGUGCUUCCACUAUGACAGAAAUGAACCAGUGAUCACCCCUUGUCUGGCUUGUUCUUUGCUCUCUUCCUGCUCUGCCUGUGCAGCACACGCAGCCACUCCGGGCUUUCCUCUACAGCAAUACGAGAACAUGGCGUGGGUAUCUGUGGUAGAAGUUUGGAACUGGGAUAGCAUUUCUUCUGCAGAGAAGAUACUCUCAAUAAGAUGUAAUAAUGAAGCAGUUUGUCUCAAAAUCCAGCUUUGCCAUGUUUUCUGUGUGUUUUUCGUUGGUCUUGCACAUGCUCAUCUGAGUGACAGAAGGUGAGAUGUUCCCUGGGAAGGACUAUGGAGGAACUGAUGUAAUGUGUGUCCACCCAGUCAUCUCAAAUACUGCGUGGAAAUGACUCACUGUCACAAGGAAGGAAUUGAGAAACUUUAGUCUGGUCAACUUCUUUUUCUUUCUGAAAAUGUACCUGAAUUCAUUUAGCAGCUCUUGGGCAAAAGAGUUUAAGUGCCUUAGCUAUCAUUGAGUUGAUACGUCCUGGCACUUCAGGGCCUGCUGUGGAAUGUUAAUGGCUCCCAAUGGUUUCAUGGCUCCAUUUGUCACGAGCUGUUUGUUGUAAUCUUGUUUGUCAAAUCCAGGGGAGACUUCACUCUGUCAUUGCUUCUGCCUCUUGCUUUUCUGAACACUUCACAGCAGUUCAGCCGUGGAACAUCUCAUUAAUAUUAAGCAGAAGCUGACUUGAGCAGUGAGUUCUGUAACAGCUGCUAUUUAUAAGCACAGGCUCUUUCAGCAGUAACCCCAUUGUAAAGAAAAUAAAUCUGUUCUAUGGUGCUCUUACGACUGUUAAGGACAGUUUGAAUGUCAUAGAUGUUAACCCAGUGAAUGCAACUGUGCUUGGCAUCUGUGAAUCUUCUUCAUGGUAAAAAAAGCACAGAUUUAACUCAAAAGUAUUGCCAAAUCCAAAACCCCAUCAUCUGAAGAACAUAGCCCACGUGAAGAGUAACAAUUCAGCAUGUCUCUAGCAUUGUAUAAGAAUACACAUUUACACUGAUAUGUGCCUGUGAGAAUUAUGGAACUUUGCAAAACAACUACUUAACCUGUGCUGAGGGCCUUUGGAGAAGUUUUUGGAGCAGUGGUGUCUCAAACAUUCUUGCAGCUCUUUAGAACUAGAAGUAGAGACCCUCAGAUUAUUGACCGGUGCAUUUGAAGAGCCAGCAUAAUCUAAAGACAAUUGUUACAAGCGAGGUUUCAAGUGAAAGAGCUUCAUUAAUAGAUUUUAAUAAAAGUCUGAAAUGCAUUUUCCUCUCCUCUAUAUUUCUUAAUUUUUUUUUUCUUUUACUUCAUUGGUUUCAAUAAGAAUAGUUGUAGUGGAAAUACACAUUACUUCUGUAAAGUCUUGCUUUCUAUCUCCUAUUAUUAAAUUCCAGAUUUUGCCAAUCAGUGUUUAAAAACCCUUCUGUUUAUCCUCUGAAUGGAUAUCCUUAUCUAUGAUUGUCUUAUUCAUUGCCUUAGAGUUAAAAAAUACUAUUUUUCUAAUGAAAAGGAUAGCAUUUCUUGAUCUAAAUUAACUGAUCACAUAUUUUGGUGAGGUAAUUCGAGCUUUGAGCUGAUUUUUUUUUCUGUCCAAUGGUCAUCUUCAUUUACCUGGAAUGUUGUCAGAGUCCUUAAUUGCAAUAACCCUGAGAGUGUCACCAUUUGUCAAAGGAGAAAUCAUGUUUGCCAGAAUCCUUCUGUUAAAAACAUGAACUGCUGGUCUUCAGAAAGGAAGAGAGAGAAAAGCUAGCAGUAGUUAUAAUAGGGAUCUUGUUAUGAACUUCAGAGCUCAGUGAACUUCUUCUUAGUGUCAUCUGUCUGAUAAAACUCUGUGAAUCCAGCCCAAGAACCCUGGGCUUCAGGAAGAGGCUGUUGUGUCCUGAUGUGUCUGAGCCUUUACAGGAGAGGUGCUGCCCAGCUGCCCAGUGGAAGGAAUGAAGCAAUGGAAGAGCUAAAGCAAACACAAUGCCCUGCUGCACUCCAAAGUGUGGCUUUUUCUGAAGGUUCAAACCACAUUCAGUUGCUCAAGAGGUAAAAUAGCAGUAGCCCUUCUGGGUGUGGAAUAAAUAUACUGUUGUGUUUUGUUUCUGUUCAUAGUUCAUCCUGAGACAGCCUGGCUUUUUGUUCAUGACAAGUGCAGGUUUAUGCUGAUUUACUUCCCUUCUAAUCCAGAAGAUAUUUCUGAAUGUACUGAAAAUAUUUUGUCAUCCGUUUGUGUUUUACUAUGUGCCUUGCAAAUGCCUGUGCUGUUGAGCAUCAGGGUUACUCAUGGCCAGCUGUGGCCAGGGUGGGCAACAAGAUGGAGCUGUGGGACAUCCUGAUGCAGGUACAGCUGUGUCAUCCUCUGGAUCCUGUGGAUGGAAACAAUUCCAUAGGGGUUACACUAGAUUUGGUUUUCAGUUGGUUUUGUUUAAUCCAGUUUGAUCUGGCUGCUUGUUUAAAUAGAAACUCUAAUUUAGUAUUUCCACUGUGAAUCUCUGGCCCUCACAAAAAUGUCUUAUUCCCAUGCCUCUGAAAAACAGUGAAAUUUUUACUUUUAAAUUUGUGUUUGUGGAUAGUUUGUCCAGAAUAUAGUAUAUAAUUGUGAUAUAUUCCGAUGUAAAGGUAGAUUUUUGUCUCUUUUGCAUAAAAUAUAUUCUUCAAGUUACAUGUAA